GUUUGAUAACAUAGAGCGAGUCUUCUUAUGGAUGGUCAACGUCGAUUGGUGCAUUCUGUACUACGUUUCCCGUAACAAAAAUGAGUACUUCAAAACCGUAGCAUGCUGGACUGACAUCCUCACGAUGCCAGCCUUGAGCCUACUAGUCUG